AAUUGUCAAAGGGUUGACGGGACGGGUUAUCAAUUCUACAGUAAUUUAAAAGAAAAAUUGAUAUGGCAAAUAUUUUGAGGAAACUUGUGAGUACCAUUCUUUUCUGUAUGAGUUUUUUAAUUUUUUUUUCGUAUAAUUGCAGUAAAUAGUGUUUGCCUAUCUUGCAAAUUUUGUGUGCAUGUGAUUUUUGUCGCCCCCUUGAAGCAUGAGGUUUUUUCGUAAUUUUUUUGAUACUACGAUUCAAAAAACCGUAUGGACAAAACUAAUAAAUUAUUUUAAACGAAUUUCUGAAAAUCAACAAUCAAAUGCUAUUGAUUUAACUACUUCGCAACCUUUGGGCAGUAGAUUAUUUAGUAGUGAAAUAAAAAAAUGUACGAUUAUUCCUGGAGAUGGAAUUGGACCAGAAAUAUCUGCUGCCGUUCAAAAAAUCUUCCAAGCUGCUAACGUUCCUAUUGAAUGGGAAUCUGUGGAUGUUACUCCUGUCAGAGGACCAGAUGGAAAAUUUGGAAUUCCCCAAGCAGCCAUCGAUUCCGUCAAUAGAAACAAAAUUGGUUUAAAAGGACCUCUAAUGACACCCGUAGGAAAAGGACACAGAUCAUUGAAUCUUGCUUUGAGAAAGGAAUUUAAUCUUUACGCCAAUGUAAGACCAUGCAGAAGUUUAGAAGGUUAUAAAACCCUCUAUGAUCACGUGGACGUUGUAACAAUUCGUGAAAACACAGAAGGUGAAUACUCAGGUAUUGAACACGAAAUUGUAGAUGGGGUCGUUCAAAGUAUAAAAUUGAUCACAGAAGAUGCUUCUAGAAGAGUAGCUGAAUUUGCUUUCCAAUAUGCUAAAGACAAUAACAGAAAAAAAGUAACUGCUGUACAUAAAGCAAACAUUAUGCGUAUGUCAGACGGUCUGUUUCUGAGGUGUUGUAGAGAAAUGGCUAAGAAAUAUCCUGAGGUUAAGUUUGAAGAAAAAUAUUUGGAUACCGUAUGUCUUAAUAUGGUACAGGAUCCCACACAGUAUGAUGUUUUAGUGAUGCCUAAUUUAUACGGUGACAUUCUAUCAGAUAUGUGUGCUGGAUUGGUGGGUGGUUUAGGUCUCACUCCGUCUGGUAAUAUUGGAAUGAAUGGGGCUCUCUUCGAAUCUGUACAUGGAACGGCUCCAGAUAUAGCCGGCCAAGAUAAAGCCAAUCCAACAGCACUUCUCCUUUCUGCGGUAAUGAUGUUGAGAUAUAUGGGGCUUAAUUCGCACGCUAGCAAAAUCGAAACUGCUUGUUUCGAAACUAUCAAAGAGGCUAAGUAUCUAACGGGCGAUUUGGGAGGUAAAGCUAAAUGUUCCGAAUUCACGAAUAGCAUCUGUGAAAAAAUAGCUUAAUUAUGAACCUAAUUUAUUUAAAAAAAGCAGUAACCAUUGAGAAAAUUAGAGUGUUAAUAAAAAAAUGUUGUUAUUGUAUAUAUUAAGCGAAAAUCUCAUACUAAAUAAAAUUAGGUUCUAUUGUGAAGAAGUUACCUUCGGAUUUCAUAGUAUUCACCAAUAGGAUUUUUUUUUAAUUUAUUUUGCGUCCGAUUGUACCAUUUAAGUAUUUAUUCUUAAUAUGUUAAUAAAACAUAGUUUUAAU